CCAUGUCAAAUCUCACCAGGGAUUUGUAGGCAAACGCAUAACGCUAUUGGCUCACAGAUGACUGAGAACGAAGUUACGGAAAUGUUUCAAGGGCAAUGGAAAAUUGGAAAGUCACGGAAACUUAGCGGAGCUGAUUUCAGUUCAUAUCUGAACUGUCGUCAAAAGCGUGCCGCGGAGGAGAAGAUAUUGCCGGAGGGUUGUGUAGGGUAGCUAUUGUCAAGUUUGGUUAGAGACCAAAACAAAAGCUGCAGCUGCUGGAAUCCAAGGUGGACAGCCAGGAGGCAGGAACAACACGGACAGCAUCUGAAGGAUGGGAGCAGUCAACGUUUCGGGGUAUCGCCCUUCUCAAGGACUUUAGUGCAUGGAGGUUUACAGAAGUUGCGUCCUGGCUGAACAUCUGCGGAGCCACAUGCUUGUAUUGGUCACGUGAGCAGCGGAGCCAGCCUCAAUGAAAUGAAGGCGGUUUUUUGGCAGCAGCAGCUGCUGCCUCUGCCGCUUCUGUGAGGAACAUGAAGGUGCAGGAGUGAAGGGCGAGCCCGGGGCUACGGCCGCUGUGCAUGUGGCUGACUCGGCGGCGCUUGCUGUGAGUGGGCCGGGGGAAGCCGAGCCCUGCCCAGGCGCGGUUUUUUUUAUUUUUACCAUGACAGCGUUAGCCGCCGCCUCCUUCUUCUCCAACAUUUGCAAUUUCGGCGGAUGCGGCCUCACCUUUAACACCCUGGCUGAACUUAUCGAGCACAUCGAGGACACUCACAUAGAAAAUGAUCCCAAGGUUUUGGAGCGGCAAGAACAGCAGCAGCCAUCAUACAUCGCACUAAGUUAUAUCAAUAGAUUUCUAACUGAUGCUGCCCGCCGUGAACGUGAGCAGAUGAGAAAACGACAUCAGGCCAAGUUAACACCAGCCCUUUCCAGUCCUGUGGGAAGGGGGGGCACCCCUGCAUCACCUCACCCUGGCAACGGAAGCUCUGCUUUUCCAGGGACACCACCAGUUACACCAUCCUCUUCAGCCUGCAGUGGAACACCAACAGGCAGUGAAUUAGAUGAAGAAGAAAUUGAAUGUGAAGAUUCCGACAGUGAUGAAUCAUGGACAACAGAAAGUGCUAUUAGCUCUGAGACUAUUCUAAGUUCAAUGUGUUUGAAUGGGGAUGAUGAGAAGCCAUUUGCUUGCCCUGUACCUGGCUGUAAAAAGAGGUACAAGAAUGUUAAUGGAAUCAAGUACCAUGCCAAGAAUGGCCAUCGUACUCAAAGCCGUGUCCGGAAGCCUUUCAAGUGUCGUUGUGGGAAAAGCUACAAGACUGCUCAUGGGCUUCGUCACCACACUAUUACCUUUCAUCCACCAGUGUCAGUUGAUAUGCUUAGAAAGAUGCAGUUGUGAGGCAUUAUACCCUUACUGUUCUAGUAAAUGAAGGCUUGGUGUUCUAAGAGGAGUGAGUAGGAAUUUUUGCUUUCUCUCAAGAUUACUGCCACAAGUCUUGGGAGAAGAAAAGGUUUCUCAAUAUUUGUUUUCAUGUGUUCCCCCAACGGCAUAAGAUGCUGCUAAAAGUUAGAUACAGUGUUUUAAAUUUUAAUUGUGAAUUCCAGGGAAAGUACUUUAAAUGAUUUCAGUGCUUCUAAAAGCACUUUUUCUUUAAUAUUCUACAAUAUGCAAUUUUAGGUCAUAACUUAAAAUUGUCUAUAGAAUAGUUUUAUUUUUUUAUUCUAUCUCAAUUUUUUGAAAACUGUCAUCAGUUGUACAUUAAGGUGCUGCUAUACUUUAAACCUAGAUGUUCCAAACUUACAGAUCCGAAUAAAGGCAAACUAAAAUUGCCACUGUAGUUUAUAGAUUAACAACUUGUUUUGUGGGUUAAGUGUGGGGGUUGAGCAGAGCUUUCUACCUGACCCAUUUGACAUAUACCACUAGAUUGAGUGCUGUGUUGUGUUGGAUUAUGAAGUUUUUUGGAGAGCUGGGAUGGAGUGUGGGAACAAUCUUCUCUCACAUGCAGUAAAAGUACUUUCUAUAAAUCUAUUCACAAGUAGAAUUGGUAGUUGUUAUGUUGUUUCCCCAAACUCCUCUACCCUCAAUUUGAAGAAAAAAAAACUGUAUUUCAAACAGCAACCUAAAUUUGGAAGACAGAUAUGGAUAGAAUCGAAUAGUGUCAGAAUCUAUAACUGUGAGUUAAAUUUACUGUCUGGUAAUCUGACACAGAAUAUCAUUGUUAGUGUCUUUUGUCAUGAAAUUAGAGAAGGAAUUACCACAGUAGUUAUGUAGUUAAUAAAGAUGUAUAGAACUAAAUGUAGUAAUCAUUGUUCGCAGCUUUGAAAAUACUUAAUUUCUUGAGGCAUAUGUGAUCUUUAGUUUGCUAAAUCAGUAUGUGUGUUUAAUUAAAGAAGUAUGUGCACCAUAUGGCUCUACAUAAGGUUAGUCUGUUUGCAGCUAAAUAAUGUACAGUUGGAUGUUAAAAAUUCUGUUGUCAGCAAGUUAAGCCUAGAUAAUUUGGUUAGUUUUCUUUGGAAGCUUGCCUAAGACAUAAUACUGACCCAGUUCUGUUUUUAUAAUUCAGUAUUACUGUACUGUGCAGUUUAGGAGGGUUCAAGAUUCUAUUUCCAUAGAUUUGAAAAUAGACAUGCCCUGACUUAGUUUAUAGAAUUGUAAUAUGCUCCUAUUUCUUUACGUUUCCUCUUCAAAAUAAAAGGACUAACCCAUAACCAUAAAGAUUGCCCCAAUUCUAAUGUAGUAUUUUUUAUUAUAUUGCUUGCAAGCUACGAUACUUUAUGAUAAUGCUUAAAAUGUGGCCACUAUUGAGAUUUUGAAGUGGCAUUGAAAAAAAAUCUCAAGAUACCUUAACACGCUCAUGCUGUGUGCUACAGCUGAUAAGUAUUUUGUAUGUGUGACAUACUGUAGAUACUAUAGAAUGAAAUCUGACCUGAACAUGUGUUCCCUAUUUGCUGUUUUCUCUCCCCUCCACCCCAUAUUUCAAAUGGUUUACAAGUGAGAAAAGCUGAUUGGUUUGGAUUGAAGGCUUUUACAGAUGCAAUCAAUGUAGCUUUGUUAGUAAGUGGGGACCCAAUGUGUCUUCUGGCUAUCUUUUUCCACUUGUGCUGUCAAUGGAAUUCACCACCCUGCAAAGUAACUAAAACAACCCUUCUGACAUUUGGCAAAACUCACCCAUAGAGGGUAGCAGAGGUCAACAGACGUCCAAAGCUGAAGUCUGAAACUGUCUUUCUUGAAUACAUCUGUCAACAACUAUUGUUACACGAACCAGAAUAUCCAACCCCUCUACCUUUUCUAAGAAAACAAUGUAAACUAAAACCAUUUUAAGUGCUAAGUAUUGUUAGACUCAAAGCAGCGUAUCCCAUGCUUUUGAGAAAGAUGAACAAUAAUUUGUCAAUUUUAAUCAAAAAAUGAAAGAUAUAAUAUUUUAAAAUUGAAAUCUCAUAGCGUAGAUAUAUAUUAGAAAUGAAAUCAUUCCAUAAUAACAUAAACAUUGACUUUGAAUAUUCUACUUCCUUGUUGAUUGCUGGUUUGAGAAGUUCUUAUUUGAAAGAACUUACUUUAGGUCUGUCAUUUUAAUCACUGCCAAGAUAAUUUUUUUCGUCCAACUUGAAAAAUGCUUGUUUUUUAUUAAAGGCUGGAUAGGUACUAAGUGGGGAGAUGCAGUCAUGUGAAACACUAUCGUUGUGCAAAAGCCUUAUUAAUACAGUAAAAUUUUAAAAUGUACACCUCUUUGACAUUUACAUUUCACGUACUUUUUAUUUAUAAUUCAACCGAUUGAAAAACCUCAAUUUUACUUCUGUUCUCAGAAUACACUGAGACCUUCAAAGGGAUAAAAUGAAAAGAAAUAGCGUGAACUGUAAAGUAUGCAUGUUAGAUAUUGUGCAACAGAUAGUCAAAUGGUGCUGAAAAAAUAGUGCACUAAGUUGUGAGAUGUACCUUGGAUUCACCCCUUCAAAAAAAGCCCUCUCAUUUAAAAAGUUAAAAUGUUCUGAACAUCGUGAACUUGACUGUUGCAGGGGAAAAGUUCUAUAAUAGAGCCCAAUUUUUCCUUGAAUUUCUAAGCAAAUUCUUUUUGGUGGGGUUGGGGAGCAAAAGAAAGAUAAGAUGAAUUGAAUUAUGAAUCUUAAGAAGUUAACAUUUUUAAUGAAAUAGAAUUUAUUUAUCAGAACGUUUAAAGAAUGAAUUUUCUAGGGUUACAUCUCCAGUUAUUAAGGACAGUAUUUGGUUUGGUUUGAUGGCAAUAUAAAAUCACCCAGAAUAGAUAAGAACUUGUUUUGUGGAGGCUGGGAAAAAUGUUCUUACUUGCUGGUCUUUAUAAAGACAAUCACUUUCCAGCCAAAUAACAGAUUUUCAGUAAUUGGACAGUUGUCAUAUGUAUUAAAUACAGGAAGAUAACCUUAGUUUUUGUAACAAAAACAGAAAAUGCUGGAUGCACUUAAAUCUGGCAGCUUUUGUCAAGAGGGAAACAAUUAUUUCACAUUAAUGACCUUUCCUCAGACCAUGUAUUUAUAAAAUUUGGUGUAUUCAGUUUUUUUUCUUGGAAAAUGCAUAAAAAUAAUUGUUUAAUGCAGAAACUGGCAUACUUUUAAGUUUCCAUUAAGCCAUGCAAGUUCAUGUUCUUUAAGUAUUUGAACACAUUUUGCAGUUUUCAGAAUAAUUUUCAUUUAAUUAGAUAUUUACCAAUUGCUGUUGCAAAGAUAGAAAAAUAUAAAAAGACAUUGUAUAUUUAUUUGCAGUUAAAAGUAAGUACUAGACCUGAGCUACUAAUUGAAUGGGAGUUCAAAUCCCACCAUUACAAUUUGAAAAAUUUCUAUUGGGUUUUAAUGUAACCUUGGAAAACAAAAGUUUUUAUUUGUUCAUGGAAUCUGAGUGACACCGAUGAGACCAGCGGUCAUUGUCUAUGCCUAAUUGUCCAGGCAUUGUUGCAUUGUUGAAAGUGAUAAAGCUGUGAGGUUGUCUUGACCUAUAUGUGACUCCAGUGCCACAUCAAAAUGAUAAACUUUUAAUGAAAUCUGAUAUUUAGCAAGCUGUUACAAAUAUGGAACUUUAAUCAUUCUUUGUAUGUGAUUAUGAGGAGCAUGGACAGCUCUUCUGCUAGUUGAUGGGUCGGUAAGAAGAGAGCAUCAUUUUAAGAUGAAAGACAUGAAAUUUAGAAGGGAUUUGGGAAAGAUUUUUUUUCAUCCAAAGAAUGGGAAUGUGGGAUGCACAAUCCUGGGAGGGUAGUAGACGCAGGAAAGCUCACAAUCUUUCAAAAGUACAUGGUUGAGUACUGGAAAUAAUAUUCAAGACUAUGGGACAAGUGCUGGAAAGUGGGACUAGUGUAGAGAGGUCACUGCAGACUCGACGAGCUGAAAGGCCUCUUCUGUGCUGUAUGAUUCCAUGCCUUGUGUCUUAUGAACAUUUUGGAUCACUUGCAUCACAGUCAAUGAGAGUAGAUAACCCAUCAUCAACUCAGGGCAACUAGUGAUGGGCAGUAAAUUCCAGCUUUGCAGAUUACAAGAAAGAAUUAUGCAAAAAAGUGCCACUGGAAUAUUCUUAAGAUGAACUUAAAAGAGUUCCUGUAUUUGAGAAAGAUUUUGCAACUUUAAAUCUACUCUUAUUUAUUCAUUUCUGCAAUGAUUUGAACUGAUUUCCAGGUGUGGUUGUAAUACAGUGUAUCCAGUCCAAAGGCAGGUCAUAACCAAACCACACAACACUAAAUGGUGUUUUGCUGCUCCUUAAAUUUCACAAUUUUUGGUGGAUCGUUAUCAACUAUUAAUGGGUUGAUUUGACUUUCUUUACUAGAUCCAUCCAUUUAUAAAAAUUAAUGAAUAAUCUCAAUUUAGUGUAAUAAAUAACACUCAAUUCUUUCAGUUUUAUUUUAUGUAAUAUGAUCAACUACGUCAAUAUACAUGGGUCCAUCCCUGUAUUUUCUGUAAGGGACAAACUGAAGUGUAGCAUUGGUGCAGCCUUUACAGCCAGUGAGUUGGAGCGUUGAAUUUCCAAGGGUGUUCUGCCGAUUGAGGAGCCAUAGGUGGUCAAGCUACAAUUGGACAAUCAUGAGAAUUUUAAUAGAAAUUUAUCCCUAUAAUACAAUAUGUUGACUUAAUUUCACUGUGUUAAUUGAGAUACAUUGACAGCAAACAAGGAUGAUUUAACCAUCCAAAUCUGCCCUGUAUAGAAUAUACUUAUUGCAGCAGCACCUGUCAUCAUGCAUGUUGACCAUGGCAUCCUGCUUAGGCAGAAAUAGAUUAUGCAUGUGCUAUAUUGCACUGAGAUGGGAUAAAAGAGUAGAGCAUGCCAAGAUGACAUGAGCCAGUUCUACAGCAAAUUUCCCAAUAAAUUGAAUAGCCAGUUGGGAGAGGUGAAAUUACAAAUCUUGUGUUAACGUGGCGAAAUCAAUUCAAUAUUUAAAAGGCUAGAAUAUUAUUCUAGAUGAUACCAUUGCAUUUUUAAUCUCUGGUGCACAAACCAGUGGCAAAGAAAUUGCUUCCUUAAGGCAAUUCUUGUGGUAAAAUCAAUGAGAAACUUUGUCACUCCCUACACCGUUUUGAUAUUAAAAUGCAAACAGUCAUGUAUAUUUCAGUAUCAGUGCAGAUUUAAAAUGAAUUAGAUUUGCAGCAAAUUUUAGUUAAAUUUUUAGUGAAUUAGACACUGGAAUCAUUUGAAAACAGCUUAUACUAACAACUUUCAUUUCCUGCAUAUUGCUAAAUGUGUCAUUCCAAGAAUGUUGUUAAAUAUCCCUGAUCCAAAGAUAUCCAGAUCUGCAAGCACAAGAAACGAAAAGAAACAUCUUGUUUAAUGAUGACCCUUUAUUGUCUGUCCAACUUUAUUUUGAGUUUGUUAAUAUUGAUAUUUUAACCUUGUGUAGUUUCAAAUAUUUUUAUCAUGUGUGUGAUUUGCUUGCGUAGCACACUGCUUUUUGGAUUAAAUCAUGUCUGGUGAUAAAAUUAAACAUUUUAUACAAGCUAUUGCAAGGAUAAAUUGAGUUUCUAGUUGGUGUGGGCCCACAGCAAAAAACCUGCCAUUUUCUUGCCAAUUUGUGCCAAAUGUUGACCAAUCUCAUUUAGAGGCUAUUAAGGUUGUUGGCAUCAAAGUAGUGCUGUACUGCAGUUGGACAGAACAGAGAGAUAUUCACUCUGCAACUGACCCAUGUUGUACUUAACCUGACAAUUGAUGCUGAUACCAGGUGCCAAAAGUGUAAAUAUUAUCCAUUCCUUACCUUGAGGAACAAGAACAAAUUCAAUACAUUAAUCAGAAUGCUGCUUUUUUUUCUCUUUAAUGCUGUUGAAGAUCGUAAUCUUUGUGGUCAAAUUUUACAAAUUGUUUAUUCUCAAGUUCUGUGUAAGCAUUAUCAUUCAGUGAACUAGAAAUGGUUGAAUAGCUUGAGUGUUUUUGAGUUGCUUGUUCCAGUCUGGAUACUGCAAAUUGAAAUUUAAAGGUUGCCUAAGACUUUAACGUUGAAUGCUGAUUUUAGUGCAACUCUCUGUUUAAGAUAUAUAUUAUCUCCUUUUAACCCUCCAAAGCAGGAGGCACUGAAACAUUUUUUCUUUGGUAUUGAUUCCUGAAAAGUUCAUUGCAACCAUUACCAAAGCCUGAAUUACACUGACCAUUUUUGGUGUGUAGGCACUUAAGGGACAAGUUUGCAUUGUGCAAUUGUUUAAAAGCAUUUACCCUUUCUUUUAGUUUCACAAUAUAUUUAAACAGUGAGUUGGUUCCAUCAUGAAUAUUUCUGUCAAUUCAGUAUAUUGGAUAGCUGAAUUAUCAAGCAGAGAGAACGCUUAAAUCUGAUUCUUCAGGCUCAUAUAAUCCGCUCAUUUUGAUGUUAAACUUUUCCAAUGUAGUUAGUAGUCAUUGUUAAAUAUUUUUAAUUAUAAAUAAACAAUUAUUAUUUUCAUUUUCAAUAGUUCAAAUAAUAAGCUACCAAACUAAAUAAAAUAAAUGCUGCAUUUCAUUAUAUACAAAUAUUCCUCACUUUCAAAAUACAUAGCAUGAGUUUCUAAAUUUCUUUCAAUUAUACAUAUAUAUUACAGGAUAAUGCUCCUUUUUUGUUGAUUUGAACUUCAGCAAAGUAUCCUGUUAGCUGCCAGCACCAAUAACUGGUAUUUAGACUUCAUACAAUUGUAGACAAAUGUGUAAAAAUGAAUAGUUGUGGUACACUGUCAUUUCUUGAAAUGUUAGUUUGCAUUUUAAAUGAAUCAGGUUUGUUUGGUCUCUGUAUAAACUUAGAUAUUGCAAAUGGUAGUUGCUGUUUGGUUUGCCUUUUAUGAAUUGGCAUUAUUUCAUAGAUUUUUUUAAAAAGAAUUGCCAAGUUCUGUCAGUGCAAAUUGUCAGUCUGUAAGUAACUUACACACUGAUAAAAUUAUGAUUCGCACAGACUAAAUUGAUUGAUGCAGGAAUAUUAUUUAACAUUAUAAACGCUGUCAUGAACUGCUGUCAAUCCAAAAAGUCAGCAUAAAAUCAUUGUUAAUGUAUGUAAUAGGUGUAAUCUUAAAAAAGUUAUAGCAUCAAGUUCUUAAAAGCAGAGAAAAGCAAAACUGAUUUUUCUUCAGGUACUCUUGAAAAUAUGUCUUAAGCAGGGAGUCUGUUUCGUGAUAAUGUUUUGAAAUAGUAUUUAGUUUUAAGAAAUUAGUUGGCAUUCAUGUUUUGGUAGAGCGGUUGAUUGAUGCAACAGUUGGCUAGUCAUAUUUUGGGGCUUUAUCUCCUAGCCCUCUUCAUGCUGUCUACAUACUGACUUCACUGGACGUCUGAAAAAUGUUACAUACAUUUCGGAUAUCUUCUAAAAGACAAACAGAAAUUAAGUCCAUGUUCACCUCAUUAGAUGGCAUAGACUUGGAAAAGAUCUGCCUCUUUGUGCCCUUUAGUGUGUCAGGAAGGAGGAAUGGAACUUGAGAAAUAACUUCAAAAAUGCAGGUCAAGAUUUCACCAGACCAGGUACAAUUAUGGUAUUUGUGAUGGUUCAAGUGAUGAAUUUGUCACUAAUGCAGACAAUUAAUUAAUUUCCGAAGUGAAGUUAUGGAGAUCUACUUUUAAAAUGUAUAAUUUUGUGACAUCUAGUUGACAUCCUAUGUAAAGGAAACAACAGAAUAAAAGAUUUCAUAGAAAGAAUUCACAUGUAUUUAUAUAGUGUGUUUCACAAUGUCCUAAAGGACAUUGUAACCAAUUAAAUACUUUUUGAACUGUGUUCAAGUUGUAAUAUUGCAAGGCCCCACAAAGAGAAUGAAAUGUAGAUUUGUUAACAUUUUGUAGUAAUCUAGGUUGAAGGUUAAAUUUUGGUUAGGGCACUAGGUAUAAUUUCCUUGCUUUUUCUUACACUGUGCCAAACGAGGAUUAUAUGCCCAGCCUAUAACAUGGAUUAGUUUAACUCCUCAUUCCAAAAAAGGCGCAACUGAAAGUGGUGCACUGUCUCAGUACUGCACUGACGUAUCAAACUAGAUUAUGUAUUCAAAUCUGGAGUGCGAUUUGAACCCAUAACCUGCUGAAUCUAGCAAGAGUGCUACCACUAAGCAAGGAUAACAGCUAAUUCAUAGUGUAGUACAAAUUUGCCAGUGGAAUCAUUUAAACAUUGUAUUGAUAGUAUGUUGGAAAGGAAAUUUGUUUUCCUCUUAGUUGCUAUCAAAUAACUUUCACAUUUACAUAGCAUCUUUCAUGUCCUCACACCUCAUUUACAGCCAGUUAAUUACUUUUGAAAUAUGAACACAGUCAAAUGCAACAAGCCAGUUUUUACAGUUUGAGAGAUUUUGUGUGACAAAAAGUUUGAGUAAACAAUUGAUCAAUUUGCUUUUAUUAAGAGGAUCAAACAUUGAGAAAGGCAUUUAAUUUUACUGUAUAAUAAAAUGUGAGGCUGGAUGAACACAGCAG